AUGGGAGGAGGAUUCGCGCAGCAGAUACUGGCCACGAAAUCCGUUCUGCUACGACUCCCCAAGGAUAGCCAAGAGGCCGGGUUUUUAACGUCAUUCUGUCCGAUUACCAAGUUUCCUACAGUGGUUGUGAUCAAGAACGGCAUGCUCCGCGACUAUAUCGUGCCCGAGAUCUCGAAGGACCACUUCCACGCUCGAUUGCGCGGCCUGCUUGACGGCGGUGAUGCUUCUGGACAGCCAGCAACGAGUGCACAGAAUACUGCUACGAAUCAAUCCGCGACGUCUACACCUGCGCCAGCCCCUGUCCCUGAACCACAGCCUGCAUCUACUCCAGUCGAACCUCGCCCCGAACCACGUCCAUCUCAAACACAGACCCAGAAUGUACAGACAACAGGUGCUGCAGGGACGACAGGGAGAGCCCAAUCAUCUGAGUCCACUCCCGUGGCUCAGUCGUCUGUAUCAAAACCGCAACCCCCUAAAUCAAAGCAUGAUCCCGUGCCGAAGUCUCGUCAACCUAAGCAGGAAAGUAAGCCUAAGGAAGAACAAAAGCCAAAGAUUAGUAUCACGAAACGCCAGCCGACCGUCGAAGCUGUCGAUGAGAUCACAGAAGAACGCAAACCUUCGGCCUCCUUACCUCCCACACAAUACCGGUUGCAGGUACGGCUCUUUGACGGAAGUUCCAUUCGGUCGAGUUUCGCUCCCUCCCACACGAUACGUCGAGACGUCCGUCCUUGGAUCGAUAGCCAGAUCACAGAGGGCAAACGCCCCUACAAUCUCAAGCAUAUCUUGACGCCACUGCCAAACCACACGCUCACUAUUGCCGAAGAAGAACAGAGGCUCGAGGAGCUCGGCUGGGGUUCAAGCGCUAAUUUGGUCAUGGUCCCCAUCAGCUCGUACACCGAAGCAUAUUCUUCCUCUUCGUCGAGCUUGCCAGUGCGAGCCGUCUCCUCCGUGUACGGACUUGUUUCUUCGGCGGUGGGUUUAGCAACCGGUCUGGUAGGGUCUUUCUUGCCCUUCGGUUCCGGUCAAACAACGCCUUCUGAGGCAACCCCCACGGCGAACACCCCGUCAUCCGGUAACAGCACGCCGAGAUCGCGUGCCCCAGCGUCCAGAGGACCCAAUAUCCGGACACUGAGGAACCAAGCUGGGGAACAGGAUGACCGACAAUUCUACAACGGGAAUCAGCUGAAUUUUGAGCCUCGGCGUGACUCAGAUACCCGAUAG